GAGGAUCCCUCCGCUCUUUUUCUGUCCCGCCGGCUGGGCCCCCCGCGACCAGCCAAGGGCCAAGGACAGGUCUUUCAGAAUCUGAGGUCCAUCUUCUUAUCACAUUUCCGGGGAGGGACUGCUAGGAGCUCCGGAGGAAAAACGGACUUUUUUUGAGGAGAAAAGCGGAGGCAGACGGUGGAUGACAAGACGUUCCGCAACUGCAGAUUUUCGCGCGCUUUGGCGCAGGUGGUUGUGGGUAGCGCGCCUGGGAGGGAGAAAGAAGUCGGGGGCCGUGGCGCGCAGCCCGCGGGGCCUGAAGGGAUGUUCGAGGACAAGCCCUACGCUGAGGGGGCGGCGGUGGUCGCCGCAGCCGGGGAGGCGCUACAGGCCCUGUGCCAGGAGCUGAACCUGGACGAGGGGAGCGCGGCCGAAGCCCUGGACGACUUUACUGCCAUCCGAGGCAACUACAGCCUAGAGGGAGAAGUUACACACUGGUUGGCAUGUUCAUUAUAUGUUGCAUGCCGCAAAAGCAUUAUUCCCACGGUUGGAAAAGGUAUCAUGGAAGGCAACUGUGUUUCACUUACCAGAAUACUACGUUCAGCUAAAUUAAGUUUAAUACAGUUUUUUAGUAAAAUGAAGAAAUGGAUGGACAUGUCAAAUCUACCACAAGAAUUUCGUGAACGUAUAGAAAGGCUAGAGAGAAAUUUUGAGGUGUCUACUGUAAUAUUCAAAAAAUAUGAGCCAAUUUUUUUAGAUAUAUUUCAAAAUCCAUAUGAAGAACCACCAAAGUUACCACGAAGCCGGAAGCAGAGGUAAUUUUCGGAUGAUUGGGGAUGACUUAGUAAACUCUUAUCAUUUACUUCUAUGCUGCUUGGAUCUGAUUUUUGCCAAUGCGAUUAUGUGCCCAAAUAGACAAGACUUGCUAAAUCCAUCAUUUAAAGGUUUACCAUCUGAUUUUCAUACUGCUGACUUUAGGGCUUCUGAAGAGCCACCCUGCAUCAUUGCUGUACUGUGUGAACUGCAUGAUGGACUUCUCGUAGAAGCAAAAGGAAUAAAGGAGCACUACUUUAAGCCAUAUAUUUCAAAACUCUUUGACAGGAAGAUAUUAAAAGGAGAAUGCCUCCUGGACCUUUCAAGUUUUACUGAUAAUAGCAAAGCAGUGAAUAAGGAGUAUGAAGAGUAUGUUCUAACUGUUGGUGAUUUUGAUGAGAGGAUCUUUUUGGGAGCAGACGCAGAAGAGGAAAUUGGAACACCUCGAAAGUUCACUCGUGACACCCCAUUAGGGAAACUGACAGCACAGGCUAAUGUGGAGUAUAACCUUCAACAACACUUUGAAAAAGUAAUAUAACCUAGCCUGGCCUCAAUCUUGAAUGAUCUUUUUCUCUCUGUGUGUGAUUCUACUAACAGCAGAAGCAUCUUUCAAGUUAAAUCUUGAGCUUCUUCUACUAAUUCAUAUUUCUCAUGAAAGCCUUAAAAGAAAAGGUCAUUUGCACCUUCUACCCCACUGACCGGACGGAGAUAUUUACGAGAAAAAGAAGCAGUCAUUACUCCUGUUGCAUCAGCCACCCAAAGUGUGAGCCGGUUACAGAGUAUUGUGGCUGGUCUGAAAAAUGCACCUAGUGACCAACUUAUAAAUAUUUUUGAAUCUUGUGUGCGUAAUCCUAUGGAAAAUAUUAUGAAAAUACUAAAAGGAAUAGGAGAGACUUUCUGUCAACACUAUACUCAAUCAACAGAUGAACAGCCAGGAUCUCACAUAGACUUUGCUGUAAACAGACUAAAGCUGGCAGAAAUUUUGUAUUAUAAAAUACUAGAGACUGUAAUGGUUCAGGAAACACGAAGACUUCAUGGAAUGGACAUGUCAGUUCUUUUAGAGCAAGAUAUAUUUCAUCGUUCCUUGAUGGCUUGUUGUUUGGAAAUUGUGCUCUUUGCCUAUAGCUCACCUCGUACUUUUCCUUGGAUUAUUGAAGUUCUCAACUUGCAACCAUUUUACUUUUAUAAGGUUAUUGAGGUGGUGAUCCGCUCAGAAGAGGGGCUCUCAAGGGACAUGGUGAAACACCUAAACAGCAUUGAAGAACAGAUUUUGGAGAGUUUAGCAUGGAGUCACGAUUCUGCACUGUGGGAGGCUCUCCAGGUUUCUGCAAACAAAGUUCCUACCUGUGAAGAAGUUAUAUUCCCAAAUAACUUUGAAACAGGAAAUGGAGGAAAUGUGCAGGGACAUCUUCCCCUGAUGCCAAUGUCUCCUCUAAUGCACCCAAGAGUCAAGGAAGUUCGAACUGACAGUGGGAGUCUUCGAAGAGAUAUGCAACCAUUGUCUCCAAUUUCUGUCCAUGAACGCUACAGUUCUCCUACCGCAGGGAGUGCUAAGAGAAGACUCUUUGGAGAGGACCCCCCAAAGGAAAUGCUUAUGGACAAGAUCAUAACAGAAGGAACAAAAUUGAAAAUCGCUCCUUCUUCAAGCAUUACUGCUGAAAAUACAUCAAUUUUACCUGGUCAAACUCUUCUAACAAUGGCCACAGCCCCAGUAACAGGAACAACAGGACAUAAAGUUACAAUUCCAUUACAUGGUGUCGCAAAUGAUGCUGGAGAGAUCACACUGAUACCUAUUUCCAUGAAUACAAAUCAGGAGUCCAAAGUCAAGAGUCCUGUAUCACUUACUGCUCAUUCAUUAAUUGGUGCUUCUCCAAAACAGACCAAUCUGACUAAAGCACAAGAGGUACAUUCAACUGGAAUAAACAGGCCAAAGAGAACUGGGUCCUUAGCACUAUUUUACAGAAAGGUCUAUCAUUUGGCAAGUGUACGCUUACGUGAUCUAUGUCUAAAACUGGAUGUUUCAAAUGAGUUACGAAGGAAGAUAUGGACGUGUUUUGAAUUCACUUUAGUUCACUGCCCUGAUCUAAUGAAAGACAGGCAUUUGGAUCAGCUCCUCCUUUGUGCCUUUUAUAUCAUGGCAAAGGUAACAAAAGAAGAAAGAACUUUUCAAGAAAUUAUGAAAAGUUAUAGGAAUCAGCCCCAAGCUAAUAGUCACGUAUAUAGAAGUGUUCUGCUGAAAAGUAUUCCAAGAGAAGUUGUGGCAUAUAAUAAAAAUAUAAAUGAUGACUUUGAAAUGAUAGAUUGUGACUUAGAAGAUGCUACAAAAACACCUGACUGUUCCAGUGGACCAGUGAAAGAGGAAAGAGGUGAUCUUAUAAAAUUUUACAAUACAAUAUAUGUAGGAAGAGUGAAGUCAUUUGCACUGAAAUACGACUUGUCGAAUCAGGACCAUAUGAUGGAUGCUCCACCACUCUCUCCUUUUCCACAUAUUAAACAACAGCCAGGCUCACCACGCCGCAUUUCCCAGCAGCACUCCAUUUAUAUUUCCCCGCACAAGAAUGGGUCAGGCCUUACACCAAGAAGCGCUCUGCUGUACAAGUUCAAUGGCAGCCCUUCUAAGAGUUUGAAAGAUAUCAACAACAUGAUAAGGCAAGGUGAGCAGAGAACCAAGAAGCGAGUAAUAGCCAUCGAUAGUGAUGCAGAAUCCCCUGCCAAACGCGUCUGUCAAGAAAAUGAUGACGUUUUACUGAAACGACUACAGGAUGUUGUCAGUGAAAGAGCAAAUCAUUAAUGUUGUUCUUGUUUCUAUGAUAAAAGCACUUUCAGAUUGUUCUGCAGAAAGUUGGAGCUCUGUCCUUCAAACCUUUUAGCCCUAUAGAUGAUAAAUAUCACUGGGUUAUAAGAAAAAAUUGCACAAAAAUUAUGUGCUUUUUAAAAUAUUUAUCCAAAAUAUAGUUGACAGAGAUGUAUUUUGAGUUGGAUUGGAAAGGAAUAUUUUAAGUGCCUUUUAAAAAUACUAAUAGUCCGGCCAGGCGCAGUGGCUCACGCCUGUAAUCCCAGGACUUUGGGAGGCCAAGGUGGGCAGAUCACCAGAGGUCAGGAGUUCGAGACCAGCCUGACCAACAUGGAGAAACCCCAUCUCUACUAAAAAUACAAAAUUAGCCGGGUGUGGUGGCGCAUGCCUGUAAUCCCAGCUACUUGGGAGGCUGAGGCAGAAUUGCUUGAACCCAGGAAGUGGAGGUUGUGGUGAGCCGAGGUUGCGCCACUGCACUCCAGCCUGGGCAACAAGAGUAAAACUCCAUCUCAAAAAAUAUAUAUAUAUAUAAAUAGGGAAUUUUUUUUAAUGUUUGCUCCUUGAGUUAGUUUUCAAGAUGAAAUAAGGAGAAACCCCAUAACUUUUUAGCUCUCUUUUAAAAAUAAAUGUCUCCUUCUGUGUUCUGUAAUAUGAGGAUAAAUAAUCUACUUUUGGUAAGCAUGCUUUGAGAUAUUUGUAUUCUUCAUUUAAUAUUGAAGGAAGGGGUUGGUUCCCAUAGUACCUGGCCAGAGGGUUAUAUACCAUCCUGUCUCUGGCCCACUGUGGUAAUUCCACAUCCAGGUACCACCGCCAUUCAGAGUUGUCUCACCCCUUCUCGUGCCUUUUCUCUCCUUGAGCUUUAUAAACAGAUUUGUACCUGAGCCCCAGUGCUACACUCAUCCUUGCUUUCCAGCCCUAAGCCAUCUCAGCCUGAUGUCACAACCCAAUAAAUGGGGCACUUUCUUCUUUUGUAAACUAUUAUCAUUUUGGUUUCUGUGACAUUAACUUAAUUAUAUAUGAUCGUAUUAACUCAUGUAGUUCUCAAAAUAGGCAGCUGCUUCUCAAGCCAGUAAAAUAAAAUUCAGUUAGUUAUUAAAAACUAAAUUCCUAUUAGUAAGGUAACACCAUGAUUAUGUGUGAUAUACUGUUUUUGAGAUCAUAGUUAUCAGUCAUUCUCAAUAUCUAAUUGAGUCCCUAAGAAUAUUUUAAACCUUUUAAAAACCACAUAAAUAUCAUCUCAUGCCUCAUAAUUCUAAUAUAUUUAAUACAUCAGUAAAAUAGCUGCUUAUUACUUCCCACACUUUGUUCUCAGUAUUGUUAGUGCAUCAUGAGUUUCCUGCUAGUGUUUGACCACUGGGUACUCCUGAAGAUGUUUUUUAGUACUAGGGAUGCUUUUCAGUAUUAGGGAUGCUUUUUUCAGUACUAGGGAUGUACUAGGGAGUACUGAGUACUCCUGAAGAUGUUUUUCAGUACUAGGGAUGCUUUUUUCAGUGCUAGGGAUGCUUUUCAGUACUAGGGAUGCUUUUUUCAGUGCUAGGGAUGCUUUUCAGUACUAGGGAUGCUUUCCAAAAUAUCACCUCUUUAACGUUUACUUUUUCUAGUGUGUGUCUGGAAUCCAAAGGACAUGAAUAAGCCACUCAUAAUUAAUUUUGAGAAGUUUUAUCAAAUGUUUAUGUUUCUAACUGCAAACCUUAAUUUUGGAAAGGCACAAUGUUUAACUCACCUAUGUUUAACCAUGGCUAAUUUAAAAUAGUCUAAGAUUUGGCUGUCACUAAUUAGUAUUCUCAAGAAUUUCAUUUUUCAAUUUUAAGAAGAAAAGGGAUUUUGGUCACAUUUUGCUUGUAAAUGAAAAUUACAUCCUCAUUCUUUGUGUAGUAUCUACACAUUGUUAUAAGCCAAAAAACAAAGUCUGUCUGGAAUCUUUGUACAUAUUUGUAUGUUGCUAUAAUUGUUAUUUUUAUCUUCAUUAUUGUGCAAAAUAUAAAUGAGCAUUUGUACAUUGACUGUAUAAGAAACCAUGGGCCAGGUCCUGUGGCUCAUGCCUAUAAUCCCAACACUUUGGGAGGCUGAGGCAGGAGGAUUGCUUCAGUCAAGGAGUUCAAGACUAACCUGGGCAACAUAGCCCUCAUCUCUACAAAAAAUAAAAAAAUUAGUUGGGUGUGAUGGCAUGUGCCUGUAGUCCCAGCUACUCAGGAGACUGACAUGAGAGGAUCACUUGAGGCUGGGAGAUUCUGAGGCUGCAGUGAGCUGUGAUUGCACCACUACACUCCAUCCUAGGUGAGAGGGCAAGGCCCUUUCUCAGAAAAGGAAAAAAAAGAAAUUCUGGACAUGUUUUCAUCAGUUUUCAGGACUUGGUAUCAAUGUACAUAGAAUGGCUAAUAAAAAUUGGAAUUGAGAUUAUUGAAAAAAAA